UUCAAACAAAACAAAACAAAAACAAAAAAGGUCAAACAUGAAACUCUCUUCUCUCUUCAAGAACUCAUCACAAAAUUCCUCUUCUUCUACUCCUACUUCUACUUCUCCUUCUCCAUGGCCAUGGUCAUUACCAACUUGUGGAAAACCUAAAACACUUUCAUUUAGAUUAGAAAAGAAUCAACACAACAUUUUCAACUCCACUUAUCAUCUUGAUGAUAUUAAUGACACAACAAGUUAUAGUUUUGAUGACUUUUUUAGUGAAAUUGAUGAAACAAGUUCUUCCUCUACUACAACUAUCAAUGGUCAAGAUUGUAUAGAGAAAGUGAUUAAAGGGUUGAGAUUAGAGAAAGAGAGGUUAUUUUUUGAGCCAGAAGAAACAAGUUCAAUUCUUGAUUUUCAAGAAAACAAGAAUAUUAGUAUUACUAGUACUAAUAUUAAUGUUGUUGAUGAAGGUAAUAUUAUUAGUUUUAUUCCAAUGGGAUUGGAUUCAAAUGAUCCUUUUGUUGAUUUUAGAAAAUCAAUGGAGGAAAUGGUGGAAGCAUAUGAGAUUAAAGGUUGGGAAAAUCUUGAAGAGUUGUUGACUUGUUAUUUGAAGGUCAAUUGCAAAAGUAACCAUGGUUAUAUUGUUGGUGCUUUUGUUGAUUUAUUAGUCAAUCUUGCAACUUUUAGUGACAACAACAAUAAUAAUAUUAAUGUUGGUGUUGGCGUUGGUGCUGGUGUUGGUGUUGGUGUUGAUGAGUCUACGAUAAUAAUGACAACUAUUGAUGAAGAACAACAAUGUUUAUCAUCUUCAACAACAACAACAACAACAAGCCAUUCUUUCACAUCUCCAUUGUCAUUUUGUUCUUCUUCUUGUUCUACUAGUUCAUCUAUUACUAGUACUAGUGCUUGUUUAUCUUUGUUGUUAGAAGAAGAUGAGGUUAUUCAAAGAAAAAAACAAUGUUGAAAGCAUUGUUUUAUUAUCUUUUGAUUUUGGAACAAAGA